CCUUGUAAUAAAAGCAGGUCAAGUCUUUCUUGCAUGCUGAUGUCUGCUGUAAGAUUUCCGAUCAUUUUUAUGUUAGAUUUCUUCUGAUGGCGUUGUUUGGGCGAAUUAUUGCAAGAAGGAGUUUAUUAGCAGUUAAUGGUUUAGUUAAUCGAUGCAUAUCACAUGAUGUUACAAAGAGUUCCUCAACAAACACUGACACAAAACACAAGACUAAUGGAGAGAUUGCUGAGUUAAAAGGUAAACCAUGGCUGAUAUUUGCAUCUCCAGUGGACACAUCUCUUGUCUGCUCUGUGAGUGCAGACUUUGAAAUGCACAGAGGAAUAGCCAGAGACUUUAAAAAAACCUUUGGGAAAGUUGAUGAACUCAAGGAACAAAAGAAGAGUGUUGGAGAAGUAGCAGUUCUUAAAAGGAAUGAUCACAAUAGCUUUGUUUAUCAUCUGCUGGUGCGAGAAAGAUGGUGGGAUCAAGCAAGCAAAGAAACAUAUCACAGUUCAAUUACAGCAAUGAAGGAACACUGCAUUGACAAUGGUAUUACAGAACUAGCUGUCCCAAGACUUGGUACAGGGGAUGAUGGUAUGAAUUGGGACGUCAUCAAAGAAAUUCUGGAUCAAGUCUUUGAUGGAACUGGUAUAACAAUAAAGGCAUAUACAACCAGAUGAUAAUUAAGUUGUUUGUACAAAAAACUUGUGAUAUUGUAUUUAAUUGACUUUUAAUAUUAAUAAAUGAAUUUGUUAUUGGAA